GCAAUGAUUACUUUGACAUUGAUGUGACAUUUUUGUAAGGCGUGAGUGCUGCAGCAAUCAUCUGGCAAUAUUUCUAUAUUUUGUGGUAUUUAUAUUCGUUCGAAUAGGUGAAAUCCGUGCAAUAAAUAAAAGCUUACAUAAGGAUAUUGCAGUGAGGGCUGCAUGAGUAGCCAGAAGCACCCCAGAUAUUGCUCUUAAAAUAGUUUGAUCUCACUUGCACUUACAAAAGAAUUAAUAUUUUGAAAAAAUGCGUUCCCGAAGUAAUUCAGGCGUCCGCCUGGACUAUUACCAGCGAAUUGUGCAUCGUCUCAUCAUGGCACAUCAAGAGCCAGUAACUGGAUUAUUCCCAGCUUCCAAUAUUAAUUCUCAUGCUUGGAUUCGUGACAACGUCUACUGUAUUCUAGCUGUAUGGGGUCUUUCAAUGGCGUAUAAAAAAAUUGCCGAUCAAGAUGAGGAUCGUGCAAAGUGCUAUGAAUUGGAGCAAAGUUGCGUUAAGUUAAUGCGGGGUCUGCUGAUGGCAAUGAUGAAUCAGAAAGAUAAAGUAGAACGAUUUAAAAUGACACAAAAUCCACUGGACUCUUUACAUGCAAAAUAUUCGAGUAAAAAUGGACAGCCUGUUGUCGGUGAUGGGGAAUGGGGUCAUUUACAAAUUGACGCAGUUUCUCUGUAUCUAUUAAUUUUAGCACAGAUGACUGCAUCUGGAUUGCAGAUUGUUUUUUCUCUGGACGAAGUAUCCUUUAUACAAAAUUUGGUAUUUUAUAUAGAAUCUGCAUACUGCAUUCCAGAUUAUGGCAUAUGGGAACGGGGCGAUAAAACAAAUCACGGUGAGCCGGAACUAAAUGCUAGUUCAAUUGGCAUGGCCAAGGCAGCCCUAGAAGCAAUGAACGAGUUGGAUUUAUUUGGCGCUCGAGGUGGCCCGGCAAGUGUUAUACAUGUUUUAGCUGAUGAAGCUCACAAAUGUCAGGCUGUUUUGCAAUCCAUGUUGCCUCGUGAGUCAAACAGUAAAGAGCUUGAUUCGGGUUUACUUUGUGUAAUAGGAUUCCCGGCGUUUGCGGCUGAUGACCCGCAAUUGAUUCGUAACACAAAGGAUGCCAUUUUGUCUCGACUUCAAGGAAAGUACGGCUGCAAACGCUUUUUGCGUGAUGGUUAUCGUACUCCCAAGGAGGACCCAUCUCGAUUGUAUUACGAACGUUGGGAACUGCGCAUGUUUGAAAACAUCGAAUGCGAGUGGCCUUUGUUUUACUGUUACCUAAUACUUUUCCACGCUUUUCAAAGUGACAAAUUGGCAGUCAAAGAAUACGCUGAUCGCCUUGAGAAAAUCAUGGUCCGAGCAGAUGAUGGAACUUUACUUAUACCAGAAAGCUACGCAGUCCCACAUGAUUUGGUUUCGAACGAGUAUCAACAUCCCGGCUCGCAACAACGUGAAGUUGUCGGCAGAUGCCCAUUCCUUUGGGGUCAAUCUCUAUUUAUAUUAGGUCGACUGCUGCAGGAGGGCUUCUUGGCGGUUGGAGAAUUAGAUCCACUUAAUCGACGUUUAGGUGCUCAAAAAAAACCCGACGUUGUUGUACAGGUGGUAAUCAUAGCUGAAGAUAACGAAAUACGUGACAAAUUGACUGAACAUGACUUGCAUGUACAAACGAUAGCGGAAGUAGCUCCAAUCGAAGUACAACCGGCACGAGUACUUAGCCACUUGUACACCUAUUUGGGCCGUAAUCGCAAAUUAGGAUUAACUGGACGUAAGUCUCGAGAUGUGGGUAUUUUGAGCACAAGCAAAUUAUACUCACUCAAGGACCGUAUUUUUGCGUUUACGCCACAAAAUAUCGACUUUGAAGAGUACUACACCACUCGUGAUCCCGACCUGCUUGCUAGCAAUUUUACAACAAAUUUAGCUUUCUUAACAAACAAUUGGCGGCACAUGUUAGGAAGACCUACCAUAACUCUAAUGGCCACACAUUACAUGCUAGAUCAAGAUAAAAUACCAUUGGCCAUGAUUCAGACAAUGCGUAAGCUCAAGUCAGGAUAUAUUAAUGGCACGCGGGUGAUGUUGGGCAACCUCAAAGAUUUUUUGAAUACUUCGGCCAUCACAGAUCUAAGUUUUUUGGGAAGCACCGAAGAUGGUUACCCCGAUCGGUUGCAUCCCGAUGUGCAGGCAUAUUUAGACGAACACUUGUUACGCUCGUUCAGUCACCGCGGCAUGAUGAAGCUCCACGGUGCACACUUGCGGCCACGCCAAUUGCGCAGGCGUAUGUCUUGCAAGGGCGCCAUUAAAAAGACACGCUCGAUCAAUGUUGACUCUGACAAUCUGGGGAUGGAAGGUCCAACACCAUUAUCCGAAAGACGUCUUUCUUCUAUAGUGCCACCACCAUGGCUUCAAACAAAUGCAGCGAGCAAUGUCAGUGUUUUUGCCACCACACCAGAGGAAGGUCCUAAUACAGCAGUAGACCCGUUGAUUCGUGAAAAUAUCUAUCCCAUUGACCCACAUCAUAAUCGGUCGGCUAUCGAACGUCGCAGUGAGUUUACAAGACAACAAGAAAUACAAGCUAUACCAAAAAUUCUCGUUCAACGCCAUCGCACGGACACAAAUUUCGCUGACACAGAAGUAGAAGAAUUAAUUGCAAUGCUGCGGGAGACGGAAAAUCUUGAAGAACAAGGUGAUAUUUUGCAAUAUCUUGUGGACACUCAGGGUUUGGACUUUAAUACGGCUGGCUUAGGUUUGAAAAAUAAGGACUCUGAUGUUGAGCCUGAGGACGCGGACGAAGGUAUUGCAAUUGCCUCAGUUGCUAAAGACGAAUUAGGUGAAAAUGCUGAACUCCUGCCAACUGUUAUCAUUGAGGCAACUCACACUAAUUCUUCACUUCUUCCAUCUGAAGGGAUGCUGGAGGAGGGUCGCGUCGUUACGGUGCGUGAUCUCCUCAAAGGCCUCUACGAAAAGGCAUGUCAACAAAAGCUGUGGGGUCUCGUGCGUCACACUGCCGGUAUGUUGGGCAAACGUGUGGAGGAUCUAGCCAAGGCUGUAACCGAUUUGCUUGUGCGACAGAAACAGGUGACCGUAGGAAUGCCACCAAACAAUGAGUACACAAUUACCGCACCUUUGCCAGAGGUUGAGUUGCGUCAGCUGAUUCAUGACACUUACGGCGACGAUGAGAGUACAGCUAUGUUGACUCAGGAACUAAUGGUGUACCUGGCUAUGUUUAUACGCACCGAACCGCAACUUUUUCACGAAAUGUUGCGCCUGCGUGUCGGUCUCAUUAUUCAGGUAAUGGCUAAGGAAUUGUCGCGCACACUUAACUGUGACGGUGAAGCAGCCUCCGAGCAUCUACUUAAUCUGUCUCCAUUUGAAAUGAAAAACUUACUCUACCAUAUACUUAGUGGAAAAGAGUUUGCUGUUAGCAGUGUCGCACGUGGUAACCUUUCAAUUGUAAGCUGCAAGUCAAGUCGCGUCAGCAAGAAAAGUCAAAUUGGUUUGGGCGAACAAGAGGGUGAUGAUGCGCUUAUAGCCACGAUCGAUGAUCGCCAGGGUCAAUGGUUGCGACGCCGCCGUUUGGAUGGUGCUCUUAAUCGUGUGCCGCGUGAUUUUUAUUCUCGAGUUUGGAGUGUUCUUGAAAAGUGUCAAGGUCUGGCAAUUGAAGGACGUAUACUACAGCAAAGUUUGACACAGGAGAUGACACCGGGCGAACUGAAAUUCGCUCUAGAAGUAGAAACCGCACUUAACCAAAUACCACAACCAGAAUACAGACAGUUGGUGGUGGAAGCUCUUAUGGUUCUCACAUUGAUGACAGAACAUAAUAUGGUUCCUUCUUUGGGCGGCAUAAUCUACGUAGAGCACCUGGUACACAAGGCCAAUCAACUCUUCCUAGAGGAUCAACGCAAAGUUCAAGGGGAUGCCAUGCUGUGCUGCGCCAAAUCCAAGGAGGGCAAAGACCAACAGGCAGCUUCUGGUAUGCUAUUGUGUGGCGGCGCUGCCUACAUCUGUCAACAUUUAUAUGACAGUGCACCCAGUGGUAGCUACGGUACAAUGACAUAUAUGGCCCGUGCUGUUGCACUUGUUCUGGACUGUGUCCCCAAACAUGGAGAAAUGGAAUGUGUAAUAGCUUAAGUCGCUUCGCCGAUAUUUGGGAACAGAACGCGUAUCAUCCAAUAUUUUGCUCUUUAGAAUACAAUUAUUAUUAGUCAGACUUACUGCACCGCAGUUGUUUUUUAUUUUCCGAUACGUUUAUGCUAAUAUCUUCGAGUUUAAGAGUUAAAAGAUUUUUAACUAAUUAUUACACGUAUUCGAAAACUACUUAUAAUGCUCGUAAAACCGUAGGAUAUUUCAAAUGGAGUCAUUUGUUAUCGACAAUUUUCUGACAGGGAGGAGCAUUCUUAUGACACCAUAAAUGUAUUGAUAUUCACUGUUUUAGAGGAAUUAUUGAAAUAAAGUUUAUUUGCAAAUGUA